AUGAAGCAAAGAAUUACUGGUCUAGAUCUUCAGAUCAUUACCCCUGAACUUGUGAAUAGUCUUCUAAAUUAUCGCUUGCAAAAUAUUUACAACUUGAGUAAUUCAAAUCGUCAAUAUUUAUUAAAGUUUUCAAUUCCAGACUCCAAGAAGCAAUUGGUUGUUGACUGUGGUAACAAGCUUUAUUUGACUGAUUUUGAAAGACCUGUGACGCAAGCUCCUUCAACCUUUGUUACGAAACUAAGAAAGCAUUUGAAGUCUAGACGACUUUCUGCCAUUAAGCAGGUCACAAAUGAUAGAAUUAUAGUUUUCCAAUUUAGCGAUGGAUUGUACUACUUGGUUUUUGAAUUUUUUAGUGCUGGGAAUAUCCUUCUUUUAGACCAGGAGAGAAAGAUUCUUUCAUUGCAGCGGACUGUAAGAGAGAAAGGUGACGUCAGUAGAUACGCUGUUAACGAAACUUAUGCCUUGUUCAAUGAAUCCUUUUUUGCAGAUACUCAAGUAUAUCAAAAAAAGGCUUAUAGUCAAACUGAAAUCGAAAAGUGGGUGAAGGAUCAAGAACAGAAACUCAAAUUGAAUGACCUGGAGAAGAAGGCCAAGAUUCUUUCUAUACACAAGCUUCUAUUUGUUAAUGCGAGCCACUUGUCUAGCGAACUAAUACUUAAGCAUGUUGUUGCAUUAGGACUAGAUCCCAAAGCUAGCUGUUUUGAUCUUCGAGAAGGUGAGGCAAAAAUCCAAUCUGCUGUAAAGGUAUUGAAUGACUCAGAAGCCGAAUUUUUGACCCUUACAUCUCCGAAUCACGAAAGUAAAGGUGUCAUUGUGUCUAAAAUUAAUCCAAAUUAUAAUCCGGAAGAGAAAAAGCCUGAGCUUGAAUACAUCUUAGAGGAGUUUCAUCCUUUCAAGCCAUAUAAAGAUCAUGAGGAUCGUUAUAAGUUCACAGAAAUUGAAGGCUAUAACAAGACUCUUGACUCAUUCUUUUCUACAAUUGAAUCUACAAAGUAUGCUUUAAAAAUAGAGCAGCAGAAGCUUCAAGCUGCCAAUAGAUUAGACCAUGCUCGAUCAGAAAGGGAUAAACAAAUCCAGUCCUUAGUGAAUCAACAAGAGCUAAGUGUAACCAAGGCUGAUGCCAUCAUUCACUCCAUGGAUCUCGUGGAAUCCUGCCGCGAGUUCAUUAUAAGUUUAGUCAAUUUACAGAUGGAUUGGACUAAUAUGGAGAGUUUGAUUAAGUUGGAAAAGUCCAGAGGACACCAUGUUGCUAAAACGAUCAAAUUGCCUUUAAAUCUAAAGGAGAACAAGAUUAAUCUAUUGCUUCCAAACCCAAAUGUGCUUUAUGAAGAUGAAGAUAAGGAAUCUGCUUCCUCGUCAAACUCUUCAACUAGCUCAAGUUCAGAUUCUGACUCGGAUUACGAUUCGGAUGAUAGCUACAUAAGAUCAAAGCGCGCAAAUAAGAGCAAGAAGGUAAAAUCCAAUGACCAAGAGAAUGCUCAGGGUGACGGUGGAAAACUUAUCCAAGUGUGGGUUGACUUGACUCUUUCUGCGUUUUCAAAUGCGAGCUUAUACUUCGAUUCCAAAAAAAAUGCUGAAACAAAGAUGCAUAAGGUAGAGGAAAAGUCACACAUGGCUUUGAAAAAUGCCGAAAGAAAAAUCAAUCAAGAUUUGAGUAAAAAUUUGAAAAAUGAAAAUGAUACGUUGAAGCAAAUUAGACUCAAAUAUUGGUUUGAGAAAUUUUUUUGGUUCGUUUCCAGUGAAGGCUAUUUAUGUCUAGCAGGACGUGAUCCAUCACAGACAGAUAUGAUUUACUAUAGAUACUUUAAUGAUAAUGAUUGUUUUGUUUCGUCUGACAUUGAUGACUCAUUAAAGGUAUUUGUCAAAAAUCCCUUCCUUGGAGAGAAAGUGCCUCCUAGUACUUUAUCUCAAGCGGGAAUUUUUGCUUUGUCCGCUUCUAACGCUUGGAAUGCUAAAAUCACUACAUCAGCUUGGGUUUUAGAUGGGUCUGAAAUAUCAAAGAAAGACUACGAUAACUCUUUGCUUCCCGCUGGUACGUUUACCUACAAGGCUGACAAAAGCUAUUUGCCUCCCUCACAACUUGUAAUGGGCCUUGGCUUCUAUUGGAUUGGUGAUGAUGAUACCACUUCACGGUAUAGACAACAAAGACUUCAAAGAGAAGAACUUCAUGGUUUCAAAAUUGUGAUGGAUAAUAGAAAAAAGGAUAUUGAUAGUGAAAGAGGUAGGAAGACUACUGCUGAUAAAGGGAAUGUUGAAGAAACUAAGGCUGAAUCCGAAUCAGGAUUAGUUCCUAGUGUGCUGGAUGGAACUCACGACGAGAAGGAAGGAAGUGAUGAAUCAAACGAUAAAAUUGGGAAGUCACCCCAACAAGAAUCAUUUAAUUCAGAUAAUGGCACAGUAGAGCAAUCGAAUCCUCAAGAAAACAAGCUGGCGAAAAAAACCAGCUUUAAUGUUGACGAUGAUAUAAUAGAUCCCAUUAAACAACAGCUCAAUGAAUUGAAAAUUAAUAAGCGUGAGAGCUCAUCACACAAACCUCCCAAUGUUAGAGGUAAAAAGGCGAAAAUGAAAAAGAUAGCAAAGAAGUAUGCGGAUCAAGAUGAAGAAGAAAAGAAAUUGCGAAUGGCAGCCCUAGGUACUUUGAAGCAAAAAGAAGAAGCAGAGAUUCAGAAGCUUAAAGAAAAGGAUAGCAAUGCAGCUAAAAAGUAUCUGAAUGAGAACGCGCUGAGAAGAAAGAAAAAUGACGAGCGAGAAUAUCGUAAGUACAUAAUGGAAGAAUCAAAUAGCGAUGAGAAUAGUGCUACUAACUACCUUGAAAUUUUGGAUUCUUUCAUUUCGAGACCAGAGCCUCGUGAUAUCAUAGCCGAUGUUAUACCUGUAUUUGCGCCUUGGCCUGCUUUUAAUAAGUUCAAGUAUAAAAUCAAAGUGCAGCCAGGUGCGGGUAAAAAAGGUAAGUCUAUUAAUGAUGCUUUGAACUACUUCACUACCCGUAAACUCGACAAAUCUCGUUCCGUCACGGACGUUGAUUGGGAAGUUGAGAGAGAAAUGUUAAAAACAUUAAAGGCAAAUGAUCUUAUAGCUAAUUUUACAGUGAGUAAGGUUAAGCUAGCCCUUCCUGAUUCCAAAUCAUCUAAAGAUACCAAAGCUAAAAAGAAAAAGUAA